CUCUCAUUUGUUCACGAACAAGCAACGCAAUUCUCUGUGGAGUCUCGUUUUUAACAUAUGCAAAAGUAGAAGGAGGACCAUGCAGACGUUUCUUUUUCUAUUUCCUCAAUUGAACUUUUCAGCUCCAAAGGAGGAAGCAUAUUUCAAAAUGCUCGGUCCAGAUGAUUUAACAGUCAAAGGAACCAACGAAAAUACAACUAGAUUUAAAGACAAGGAGAAGAAAAACAGGCUGAGUCUUCUGAUGACCCGGUCAGGGUCCCACGAAAACGUCAGCCCAGAAAAAAAACCAGCUGCCAAGACCGCCAAUAUCCCACCAGAGGAAGCAUUGAGAUGGAGCGACUCAUUUGAAGAACUACUAACUCAUUCAGAUGGCCUGGAAACCUUCACCCAGUUCCUGAGGACACAAUUCAGCGAGGAGAAUAUCGAGUUUUGGUUAGCUUGUGAGGACUACAAGGAGACCAGCCCUGAAAGCAAACUGACUUCCAAAGCCAAGCAAAUCUAUGCUGUGUACAUUGACUCUGAUUCUCCAAAAGAGGUAAAUAUCGAUUAUUCGACCAAGGUGGAAAUCAAGAAGAACAUACUCCAGCCCUCCCGGUCCUGCUUUGACACGGCACAGAGCAAAGUCUACAGCCUGAUGAAAAAUGACUGCUACCCAAGAUUCCUCACCUCCGACAUUUACCUCCGCAUUGCCAACAGAAAGACCCCUGGCACCAUGUACAGGAGACGGUCACGGUCGUACGUCUUCGGCGAGCGCAGUGAAGCGACGGGCGAUUCUAACGUCUGGCUGUAGCUAGCCACGGCCCUCCAGUGGGGUCAGCUCCACACUGCUCCUGCAGCGAAUCAUGAUGUUUACGUGAAAACUUUUUAUGGCUUUCUGUUCUAUUUAUCGUCAUGUCUUUGAUUCAGAAGCAAGAAAAAACAAGCAUUGUGGUGAAUACUAAAAAGACAAAUAAUGUAUUAAUCUUGUUUUAAGACUCGUAGCUGUGCUUUAAUUAAUUUAAUGAUUUAUAAAAGUCUCUAACCAUGUCUAAGUGUGUUUCUGUAAUUGUAAAUUGUAUUUAUUGUGUAUGAAUGUUUAAUCGUCAAUAAAGUCUUAACUAUAAUUUA